AUGCGCUACGAUGACUGGGACAUUCUCCUUUUUCCCAGAGAUUGCAAGGUGCCGGUAAAGGAAUUCAAAGUGGCCUGCCACGCCGUCCACGAUGCCGAAUUUUCUCACACCAACGGCUUGCUUGGCGUCCCGACCGUCUCCUGCUUUGUGCCCAGCCUGCCCUCGGGAACACCUUUCCAGGUCUCGGUUCACUCGUGGUCGGUUGAUCCAGUCGUGAGUCAAUUCACGAGGACGUACAGCCAGUUUGCCGAAACGGCCAAAUACGAGACGAGGGUGUUCAUCGACGGUAGGCUGGUGGCAUCGAUCAUUCUUGACCAAAAGACGGAAUGGCCUCAUGUGAUUGCACAUGGCUUCGAAUUUCUCAAGAACGGCGAUCUCGGCUUCCUCAGAUUUCCCACGUUUCGACAUGAGCUACUCCAGCAAAGGAAAUGGAACGCCGGCGAUGACCUUGGCCGCAUCAAGGUUGUGCUCAGCGAAGGCUUUCCCCGAGACUCACUCUCGAUGCCGUUUGAGCGGGUCAAGAACAUUGUCGCCUUUUCUUUCCAGCACGCGCCGCUAGAAACCUCAUCGAUCGCAUGGCCGAAUCCUUCUCUGUGGCGACGACCCCCGAUCGCCUCCUCGAUGCCGGUUUCGUCGUAUCCGUCGGUGGACUCGGAGUCGCACGCACACUCUCCAAGUCGACGAAACAGUCUCCUGCAUAACCUUGCCGGCUAUUCCCUGCCGGCAGCACCGGGAAGCAUGAACGCCGCCUCGCUGCUCGGAAGCCGACGAUCCGUCACGCAGCCCGCUUUCAGCACGCUGCCGUACGCCGCCAACAUGACGGAUCCCUUUGGGGAAGCAAAUUCCUACCUGUGGAUGGCGGGCAUGGGCACUGCCAACCUGGGCCGGGACUAUCACGUCGUUCAGGGUCGCGGCGCUCGGAAGGCGAGCACGGACAUAAGCAUGCCAGAUUACAUGUCGAACGGCUCCGGGGAGCAGCCGGGGACGGACUUGACAAUGGGGAUGAAGCUGGACGAGGACGCGCAAGCCAACCAUCUCAAGGUGCCGACGAACACGCCCACCACGGGUGGCUGCGGCGGCUACGAGCAGGAUGGUCUGCCAUUUCCCCUGCUCCUGCAUAACUCGGCGAUUCCGUCGGACCUGGCCAACACCCUGACCAACUCGCUGCUCAAUCAGCCGAUGCCGUUGCAGCUGCAGCACGGCUUCCACACGCCGGCGAUGGAGGUCAAGUCUCGGAAGGAAACUCGUUUUCAAACUGUCGGCGCGUCACAGGCGGCACUGCCGGGCCAGGAUCACGUCGAUGUGCGUCGCGUCUCGCAGCAGACGUACAUGGCACCGGGCAGCAGCGUCCCCGCGACGACGCUGCCCUCCCGGGCCGGCAGUCCGCAAACCCAAAGCAGCGAGAUGGCGGGGCCUUUCAAGUGCGACGACGUCGGCGCCUGCAUCAAUCUGACGAAAGAAGUCCCACUGAGCGCUUCGUGGGGAAGCUCGGCAGAGGGGAGGAGCUCGGCCGACAAGGGAACGAAACGAGGUCGAAACUUUACUCCGGCAUCAGCCCGAGCCAUCGACGAGGAGGACGAGCCGCAACGAGCCAGCCCCAGGGUGCGGUUGACGCCGUUUGAUGACAAGGUGGCCGAGUGA